AUGGCAAUUUUCACUGAAAACGUAUUACUCCUAAUGACGCUAACGAAAAUAACAAUGUGCUGGAUGAACAGACGAUCAUUAAAACUUUUACUCGUCGAAAUACAAAAUAAUUUUAUCGUUGACAAUUACAAUACGUUCGAGAAGAGAUUCAUUUUCAUGAAAUAUACCAAAUUGGCGAAAUAUUAUUUUUUAGUAGCAGUACCAACGAUGACUAUUGCCGGUGCAUUUUAUUACAUCCAAGAAUUGAUGCCUAACGUCCGAAUGGGUAAUAAUCGUUCUAUGUUGGUGAUACCGUGUAUUACAUUAGGCUUCGUUGGAUUCGAUUGUUUGUUUACCAAUCUUGCAUUUCAUAUUACUGCACAAUUUGGAAUUCUCAGUUGCACUAUCAGAGAAAUUCUCGACGACUCUAAUGGCUUUCAACGUAACAUAAGGAAACUUGUUUUUCAACAUUACAAAUUGAUAAGGCAGGCAGAAAGUUUGGAAGAUAAUUUUAAUGUAAUAAUAUUGCAACAAUUGAUGGGAACAACGUUACAACUUUGUAUAUCUGGUUACAAUACACUUCUGAGUACAGUAAGCAAAGAAGGAAUAACAUUGAUCUUAUUCUAUUCGUAUGCUUUUGGCGUCCUAAGUACAUUGUUUACUUAUUGUUACAUCGGCGAGUGUCUUAUUCAAGAAAGUUCAAACCUGAGCAAUGCAUUUUAUCGUUACGAGUGGUAUAACGUGUCACCAAUGAACUUAAAAAUGGUUAACAUUUGUAUGUUGCGAAUGAAAAAACCACAACAGCUUACUUCCGGUAAAUUCUUCGUCCUAUCAUUGGCCUCCUUUACCGACAUUCUCAAAACUACGAUGGGAUAUCUGUCAGUACUACGAACACUUCUAUGA